UUUUUUGUUUGUUUUCAAAAGACUUCACCUUGAAAGGGUCCCUCAGGUCGGAGGCAUAUUGCUUCUUCUCAAACCAUUUCACUGAAAACUGAAACAUGAAUCACGAUCAGACGCUUCUAUCAACUCACCCAGCUGAUUAUUCCCCAAUUGAAGCAAAAUAUCUGCGGUGCAGCAAUUUGAACAUGCCCCUGCUCGAAACUGAAUUCUUCAAAAGCGAAUUGCAGUUGUACAUUGAUGGUUUAACAAAAGAGAUGUGGGACUUAAUAGAGUAUGGCCAUUUUGAUUUCAAUGCUUUUAUGGUGCUGUUUAAAAUGUGGCAAACCAUCCUGUAUAAAAUUUCCCAAGAAGUGCUGAGUGUUGUGUUGCCUCAGGUGGAAGAGCACGCCCAGAUCCUCGUGAAUGGUUGUGACUCUCCGCAAUGGGCACUCAACUACUCCUCUGUGACUGAAGAUGAUAUCCAUGCAUGCAUUUGGGACUCGCUUCUGCUUGCUCUCAAAAACACAAUAAACGCUGGGGAGGUUAGGUCUCCAUGCGGCGAUCACCUGCUGGAGUUGGUCGCAGCAAAGGUGUCCAAGACUGUAAACACAGCACUUUCUGAAAUCUCCUCACAGCUCGACUCAGCGCCACACCUGGACGUGCCUCAUCAGGUGUCUGAAAUAGGCGAAAUAGCUUUACAAUCAAUUUCAGUACUCAGGGACUGCCUGGAAAACAUGAGGCUGGUGAGUGGCUUUGAAUUUGAAGAGGUCUGCGCUUACAGCGAUUCAUCGGAAGACACAACAGAUGUCUUGGUGGCUCCUCUUCCCACUCCUGUACAAACGUACAAUGAGGAGGCAGAAAGUCACCUUUACACGCGUAGUCCUACUGAGGUGCAUACAAAGACAGGAAACAUUUGUCUUCACCCACCAGCAGAAACGUGGACAAAGAAAGAAAACAUAUUUUGUACCGUCUUCCUGUGGAAGCUGAUGGACCAUAUUGCCCACUCUAAUGCAAAGUCAGUCCUGGAGAUGGACAUUGACUGGAUGCUAGCACAGCUAAAGAGCACUGUGGUAGAAACACGUCCCAACCACCCACAGAACAUAGGCGACUUCCACAUUGAAGUCUACAAGGACCUCUGUCAGGAAUUUGGAUCAAAGGAGCAUCUGUAUUUUUCUGUGGCGUGCUGUCAACUUGUAUUUGUAGAAGCUCUUGCUCGGGCUUUAAAAAAACAUCUCCAAGGACCAAAAAAGAGGGACUUUUUUACUAAAGUUAGGGCUUUUUUUAAGAAAAGGACUGCAAAAGUCUCUAUGCCCUGUGGGCAUGGACGGACGAGGCUGCGGGCUUCUACCAACACCAAGAAACUCUGA